AUGUUAAAUAUUUUUUUUGAUAAAAAAGUUUAUAAAGUCGAAGAAAAUAUUUCAGCGCAUGAUUUUUUAGUGGAAAAUACAAAUUUAGAAAAUAUCAUGAUUUGUAAAAUUGAUGGUGUUUUAUCAGAUCUCAGUACUUGUUUAACAGCAGAUUGCAAAUUGUCUUUUCAUUCUUUUGAUGAGUGUAAGGAUAUUUUCUGGCACAGUUCAGCACAUAUCCUUGGUAAUGCCUUAGUUAAUUUAUAUCCUUCUUGUAAGCUUAUAAAUGGACCACCAAUAGAAGAAGGAUUUUUUUAUGAUAUAGACAUUGACACUCCCUUGUCUCAAGAAGAUUAUAAAAAUAUUGAAAGUGAAUUUAAAAAGAUUGUUAAAAAGAACUAUAAAUAUGAAAAGGUAUAUUAUUCUAAGGCAGAUUUACAGAAGAUGUAUGUGAAUAAUAAAUAUAAAUUACAUUUUGUGAAUACAAAAGUAGAACAUGGUUCUACUGUUUAUAAAAAUGGAGAUUUUUAUGAUUUGUGUCAAGGCCCACACAUUCCUUCUACUGGAUUAGUAAAAUCAGUAAAAAUAUUAAAGAAUUCUUCUGUACACCACAACGAUAAGCAGGUACAAAGAAUUUAUGCUAUUAGUUUUCCUAAUAAAGACUUGAUGAGUAAAUAUUUAAAAAUGAGGGAUGAAGCUAUAAAAAAAGAUCAUAGAAAAUUAGGUAGAGAAUUAGACCUUUUCUUUUUUCAUGAAUAUUCUCCUGGUUCCUGUUUUUUCCUUCCCAAUGGUACUUUUUUAUACAACAAGUUGUGUGAUUUAAUGAGAUCUGAAUAUUUAAAAAGAGGAUUCCAAGAAGUGAUAACACCAAAUAUUUUUAGUAUUGAGUUAUGGAAAGAAUCGGGACAUUAUGAAAAUUAUAAGGAUAAUAUUUUUAUGUUAGAAAAUGAAAAUAUGGCUAUGAAACCGAUGAAUUGUCCAGGUCACUGUUUAAUGUUUAAGAAUGUUGAUCAUUCAUUUAGAGAUUUACCUAUUAGAUAUGCAGAUUUUGGUGUUUUACAUAGAAAUGAGUUAAGUGGUGCACUUACAGGACUGACACGUGUUAGAAGAUUUCAACAGGAUGAUGCACAUAUUUUCUGUACUAAGGAACAAGUCAAAGAAGAGAUUUCAAAUUGUCUUGAUUUUUUAAAACAUAUUUAUGGAAUUUUUAAUUUUCAAUUUGGCCUUUUUUUAAGUACUAGACCCGAUAAAUUUAUUGGGGAGAUUGAAGAAUGGGAUUUGGCAGAAAAAGCCCUUGAAUUGGCCAUUAGAGAAUCUAAUCUUAAUUAUACGCUUAAUGAAGGAGAUGGCGCAUUUUAUGGUCCUAAAAUUGAUAUUAUUUUGCAAGAUGCACUUGGUAGAAGAAUACAGUGUGGCACUAUUCAGUUAGAUUUCCAGUUACCUCAAAGAUUUAAACUUAAAUAUCGAAAUAAUGAUGGAAAUCAGAAUACACCAGUUAUCAUUCAUAGAGCUAUUUUGGGGUCAGUAGAGAGAUUUAUUGCUAUUUUGAUUGAAAGUUAUGGUAAGAAAUUACCAUUUUGGCUUAAUCCCAGACAAAUAGGUAUAGUGUCAUUAGCAGAUGAAAAAUAUACAGAGAAAGUUAAAGAUUAUUUUAAAAGUUUUAGAUGUGAAGUGUUAAGAGAUAAUAACACUAUUAAUAAAAAUCUUAAGAUUUUAAUUAAUAAAGCAUAUUAUUUUGUAUGUGUCAUAGGAAAUAAAGAAGCAGAAAAAAAUACCAUUAAUGUUAGAAUAAAUAAUAAUCAGAUAGAAUACAGUUUAGAUGAUUUUAAAAGUAUUUUAAGUAAACUUGAAGAGGAUAAAAAGGAAUAUGAAGAUUUAUCUAAAGAAUUUAGUAAUUUAAAGAUUUAA